GACCUUGCUGGAGAGCGCUGAAGCCCCCUAGGGGCCGAGGGACGUCGUGCGCUCAGCCUCAUUAAAGGAUAGGGCUUGGUUUCUAUUUGUGCAACUUUCUGUAUUGCUUGGCAAUUUCUCCCCAGCAUCACGGAUGUGGAUGCUCUCCGCGGCACAGCUGUGAUGGGAUUCCAAACCCUCGCUGUCAGAGGAUCAGGUGACGAAUAGGUUGGACAAUUGCUGACAGUGAAGUCUUCGGAAUGGGGCUGCGUGGGGAGCAGCCAGAUGAGGUCUGAAAGACGCGGUUCAGCGCCGAAUAAGCUCUCCUGUCCCCCAGCCAGCCACAUGGUGAAUUCAAGGCUCUGAUCCAGUAAUACAACGGAAGUCACAUCAGCCUGGAGCCAGGGAACAUGGUGUCACAGUCUUCUGGCCAGCAGAAUUCUCCUGUGGACCCCAGGGAAAGAGUCCGCAAUGACGGUGACAACAUUGAUGGUUUGCCCAGCCUCCUGGACUCUGACCACCCCUCUUGUCAAUCAGACAUCAGGGUAAUGAGACACAAAGCUGCCUGGAUUAACCCCCUGUGUGUGCAUCAACAGCUGCAGGAUUUGCCCCUUCAGGCGCCAACAAUGGGGAACAGUGGCAGCCACUUUAUGGGGGAUGACGCCUCUUCCUUGGGCCCUGCACCAUCGUCUGUGGAGGACUCCAUGACAGAGACAAUAUUGUUGAAGCCCACUGUGGGUUUCAUGGGCAACUCAGGUAAAAAGAGCAGUGCCUUUCCUUUGACCUCAAUGCAAGAGCAGGCAGUGCUCCCAGGACGCUGUCCUCAAAUGUUUCCAUUCACAAGCUCCAGGACUGUGGCUGCUUCCACACGCUCGAAGGCUAACAGUGCUUGUGUCAUGUCUUCCCACCUGACAGCAUCCAUUGGUAAAGGUGCUGCUAAAGUCAGUAGAAGAAGCAUUUCUUUGAAUUCCUUCUCACCAGAAGCAUUUGUGCUCCCCAUUGAUGUAGAAAAGGAAAACGCCCACUUUUAUGCUGCUGAUUUGAUGAUAUCAGCAAUGGAGAAAAUAAAGUGUGACAUCCUGAGUCAACAACAGCACAUGGAGAACUGGAGUACAGAAGAAGCUGGUGGGUCACUUGGAAAUGAUCAAGCUGACUCUGAAGGGACUUUUUAUACCAACAUAAAGCAAGAGUCUGGGUCUUCUACUUCCUCAGACAGUGGCUAUGAAGGCAAGUGGGCCUUGUGGGAUGCAGCUUCUCCCUCCUUCCCCGCAGGCGUCCCCUGCCGUUUCCCAGAGCUGUACCGCGGGCUACAUGUCAUUUAUGAGCCAAACUUCAAUUCUGCUGAGCUAAUAGCCAAAGAAUUAUACCGAGUAUUCCGGAAGUGUUGGAUGUUGUCACAAGUUAAUUAUCAGCUGGCAGGUUCCCUGAAUGCAGCUGGCUCAAUAGUUGUAAAUGAAGAGCAUAUCCGAAAAGACUUUGAAUCCAGUGUGGAUGUUGUAGAGGAAAUUAAACUUAAGUCGAGGAUCAGAGGGACUGAAGACUGGGCACCCCCGAGAUUUCAAGUCAUAGUUGAUGUUCAUCCACCACUCAAGAGGGAUCUUGUGGUGGCAGCCCAGAAAUUUUUCUGUGCUGGCUGUGGAACGUCAAUAGAACCUAAGUUUGUGAGGAGGCUCCGGUACUGCGAAUACCUGGGCAAGUAUUUCUGUGACUGCUGCCACUCAUACGCGGAGUCCUGCAUCCCUGCGCGGAUCCUAAGCAUGUGGGACUUCAGGAAGUACUACGUCAGCAAUUUCUCCAAACGACUGCUAGACUGCAUAUCGCACCAGCCCAUUUUCAAUGUGCUGAACAUCAACCACAGUCUGUAUGCCAAGGCCAAGGAGCUGGACAGAGUGAGGGAAAUCCAGGAGCAGCUAUUUCAUAUGAAGAAGCUGUUGAAAACCUGCAGGUUUGCCGAAAGUGCAUUAAAGGAGUUUGAGCAGAUGCCCAGAUACUUGACAGAUGAGCUCCACCUGUUCUCCCUGGAGGACCUGAUCAGGGUCAAGAAAGGGCUGCUGAUGCCUUCGCUUAAGGACAUCCUGAAAGCUUCCCUCGCGCACGUGGCCUGCUGUGAGCUGUGUCAAGGAAAGGGCUUCAUUUGUGAAUUUUGCCGGAGUACAGCUGUCAUUUUCCCAUUUCAAACCGCAACGUGUAGAAGAUGUUCAGCUUGCAGAGCUUGCUUUCAUAAGCAGUGUUUCCAGUCUGCCGAGUGCCCCCGGUGUGCGAGGAUCACAGCUAGGAGAAGACGUUUGGAAAGUUUGCCCUCUGCAGCGACCUGAUGCCCCUGAGUACUGUGAAAAGGACUGUUCAACACGCUUUAGGAUAACACCAAUUUGUGUCUGUUAUUGAUAACAUUGUUUUAGAUAUCGACUAUAGUCUAUUAAGAAGGAAAAUGGCCAAUAUUAUCUUUAUUAUAUAUUUAAUAUUUUAAAAGAAUGCAGAUUCUUUGUUAUUAAGCGUAGGGUUGUUACUGAUGGUUUUGUUUACAAAUGUUCAGUGUUUUUGGUGCUACUGUUUUUUAAAGAGUUUUUUUGAUACUUAUACUGUAUUUGAAUAGUUGUAUUUAACUAAUGUUGGAACCUAUUUUUGUAUGAAUUAUAACUGACAAGAUGAAUUGCCCAGCUCCUCUUCCUGUAAAGCUUGUUCUGUUAAACAUAUUGGUACUUUCGUUGAACAAAAAAGGCAACCAAAAAUCUCUUUGCUCGGGCUUUAUUUUCAGCUUAAAUGCCAUUUUGUAACUGUUUCAGUCUCGUAGAUUUUACUUAUUCCAGGAUUUGUAUAGAGAAUAUACAUUACUUCCACAGUAUAUCUAUUCAAGAUGAAUUGGAGGUGCCAUUUGAAGCAGUUGCCUCUAGAUGGCACCCAUCAAACCUAUAUAUAUGAUCUCUAGUCCUCACCCUCAGUCAAGGGAUGCAUGGGUCAGUAGAACCUCAUCCGUGCCCUUUAGGAUUUUGUCUUGUAUGUAUAAAAUUGAACAUAGGUAUUUGAAGACUUAAGCUGUGGGAAAAUACUGUUCCUAACAAUGUGAUUCUAGUAAUAACAUUAAAAUCAUAGACUACAAUUAACAAGUUUAGGUGAAUCAGUAAACUUUUAUGAAUUCCUUUUUCCUGAUAUUUCUUAGAUGCUUUCUUCAAACAUAUGAGCCUAUUUUUUUCCUUUACCUCCUUUAUACUUCCUCGUACUUGAGAAAGGGCCCUGGGGCUCUGUCCCUCCCUGGCACAUGUCCAGUCUGGAGUAUUGGUGUCAUGUCCCCCAGGAUUCAUGUGCCCUAACUAAACCUACCCUGAAUGUACUUCUCAAAUAGCACAAGCAGGCAGGACAGUGGUACAGGCUGUCCCCUAAUCCCACCUGGUGUCGUGUGUGUGUGUGUGUGUGUGUGUGUGUGUGUGUGUGUGUGUGUGUAUGUGAUUCAGUUGGAUAAUAUUGAGCACAUGAAAGAAAUGAGUGUCUCCUAUCUGGUGUCUUCUCAUCCUGUCAUUUGUUUUUCCAUCCCGAUGCCUCUGCCAGAGCUGUGUGCCAUUUAUUAUUUAAGUCAUGUCUCUUUUAAAUAAAAAUCUCAUCACAUGGGAUAAUAUAAAUAAGAUCAAAAUUAAAACAAUGUUUUAUCCUUACCCAUAGCUUUCAUUCCUUGUUAGGACUAUCCAGGGUCAGUGUGGUAUGUUGACAUUCCAUUGAAUAGCUCUAUGAGGUUCAUGUGCAUAUGUCCAUUGUACAGGUAAGGAAACUGAGGCUUAGAGAAGAGAAAUAAUUCACCUAGGAUCUCAUGGGUGGUACAUGGUAGAGCUGGGUUGGCAUUUGAGCCUGUUGUGCCUCCAAAGCCCGUGUUCCUACCCCUACUUCUGUGGUAUCAUUUUGAGAUGAUAUGAGCAAAACCACCUUUAACCUGUGAGUUCGACUCCAGCCUAAGUCAGCGGCAUUGGCUGAGCGCUCUCUCACAGGGCCUUGCAUUGACUUGAGGAAACAAGUCAACUUGUGGUUUAUGCAUUGCUUGAAGGUCUCUCAGGUACUGUGUUUGUAGGCACUGGUGAGUGUGUACAACACAGCUUUGACAUUGAGGGAGAGUGCACAGCAACUGCCAGGAAAUGAUGCUUUUGAUUUUUAUUUUGAGGAAGAAUGAGGCAAUUUAAAUAAUCACUCUGGCUAUUUGACUGAGACAUGGUUCCUCCCCACCCUCCCAGCAAGGUUCCUGUUAGAACAGAGAAGUGGCCUCAACCCACAGGUAACACCCCGAAGGGAAGUAAUUAGUUGUGAUAUGGAUUGCCUUUUAAUGGGAUUUACUCCUUGUGUGGUUUUUCCCUUACAACUCUUCCUUGGCUGCCAGAAGGAAGAUGAAGACUUGGUCUUUCUCAUCAGACCACCACCCACCAAAGGCAAUGCUGUGAUCCAAAUGAUUAAGUUUCUGCCUUUAUACAGUUCACUUGAAAAAUUCCAGUGACAUAUCCUUUACAGUCGUGAUUCUCAGCUGCAGGUAGGGAGUUAUACCAGGGGACAUUCUGGUGUGUUGACUUGGGUGAGAAUUAUUGGAUUGAUUGUCAGAUCUGCCACUUCCUACCUGUGUGGCUCUGGACAAGCUACUUAAAUUAUCUGAUCCUCUGCUUGUAAAAUGGAGGAUAAUAACUAUAUGCAGUUGACAGGAGGAUUAGAAAUGAAAAUGAAGCAUCCAUCAGAGGGCUUGGUACAAGCAGGGGCCCGAUAAGUGGUAAUAACUAGGUCUAGACAAAUGAAAAACUGAGUUAUGCCACCUAUUUUCUGUAUCUUUGUAUAAGUUGCCCUCUGAAUCUCAAUUUAAUAUGAGGAUUAGAACAAUACCUACUAUUAUGGGUUGAAUUGUGUCCCCCCAAAAUGUAGGUUGAAAUUCUUACUCCAGGUACUUUAUUUGUGUGCCCUUAUUUGGAAAUUGUCUUUGAAUAUGUAAUUAAGUUAAGAUAAAGUCAUACUAGAUUAGGGUGGACCCUGAUCCAAUGACUGGUGUUCUUAUAAGAAGAGGGGAAUUUGGGCAGAGAUAUAGACACUGAAAUCAGGGAGAAUGCCUCGUGAAGGAGGCAGGGACGAGGGUGAUGCGUUUACAAGCCAAGGAUUGCUGGCAACCAGCGGCAGCUGGGACAGAGGCCUGGAGCAAGUCCUAUCUCGAAGCCUCCAGAAGGAGCCCGCCCUGCCGAUGCCUUGACUUUAGACCUAGCAUCUAGAGCGGUGAGAGAAUAAAUUUCUGUUGUUUUAACCUACUCAGUUUGGUAAUUUGUUAUUGGAAGUCCUAAAAAGCUAAUACACCUACCAUCUGGGGUUGUUAGGGACGCUAAAUGAUGAUUUCCAUAUUUUGCCAUGUAUAU